GCUGGUGGCUUUUCCACUUCCAUCGCGCAGUCUUCUGGCCGGACCGGACGCCGCGAUCUCGCCCCGCACCCGCACGAAAAACCGUCGUCUCGUCUCCGUUGUCAGCGGUCCCACCGAAAAACCGCACGGGUAUCUUUCCGGGCGCACGUCACUAUCAAUUUUCCUCGACGAGGUGUUCGUACCUGUCAUUCGUGAUCGCACAGUAUACUUGUGAAUUUGCAUUUCAAGUGCCAGUCGAUGUGAGGACGGUGGAUUUCAUGAGGGAUUAGCGAAAAACGAGCGGAGCCGAGAGAGACAGUGCCAAUAUGCGGGAGAAACGAUGGCUGCUGCUGCUCGCUCUGUACGGAAUAUUAUUGGCCCACGCCGUCUCCGCAGCACUCAAGACCAGGCCAAAAUUUAAAAUUGCGACAACUUCCACGUCAACGACGACCACCACGACCGAGGAGCCUCACGUGGAAGAAAAUGAUCAAGUAAAUUCGGAGACGACAACAGUCGCGACCGAAACCAACGGAACAACUGGGCACACUUUGACGGGAAUCCCACAGAUCGAUUACAUAUGGGAUCCGAAUCUGCCGCGCGAGUUAAACGGCUAUAAUCUCAGUGAUUAUCCAUUCUAUAAUAGUAUACCCGAGGAUAUCGAUUUCAAAUGCGACGGCCUGCACGACGGAUUCUACGCCAGCGUGCCGCACAAGUGCCAGGUCUACCAUCACUGUCUCUUCGGCACUCGCUACGACUUCCUGUGCGCCAAUUUCACGGCGUUCGAUCAGAAGACCUUCAUCUGCCACUUCGUCUCCGAGGUCGACUGCGCCAAUUCCAAAAAGUAUUGGCACAGGAACGAUGCCCUUUACCAAGCUGCUACAACUACGACGACUACGACGACUACCACGACUACCGUGGCGCCGGUUACCGCGCCGACCAGUCGAGCGGCUGCACGCGAUCGGAUUCCACCCAGAAGGAGACCUCCAGCGAGAAGAAGACCCUACGAUUACUAUGAGGAAGAUUAUUAUGACGACGAGUACGGUCGCCCACGUGACUUUGUCGGCCGAGACGAUUACGAGUACGAUGAUCGGAAGUACAGACGGGAUCGGGAUCGUGAGUUCAGGGAUCGGGACCGCGAUCGUGACUUCCGGGACAGGGAUUCGUCGGCGCGCGGUAGAGACGAUAGGGAUCGAGACGCCGGUAGGGACAGAUACUCAGGAAGGGGAACUAGAAGAGACCCACCCAGGACGAGGGAUCCGCUGGAGGACGAUUCGAGACCUCGGGGAAGGAACCCGGAUCAAGGUAUCAGAUCUACGUCGAGAGAGGUGGACGAUUCAGAUGUGUACGAUAGACGCCCGGAGUCGAGAAACAGGGAUACCGAUGAACGAAGAUAUUCCGAUAAGAGAUAUAGAGAUGAUUACGACGAUAAGGAACCUGCAGCACCUUCGGCGAGCGCGUCGUCUAACACGGAAGGCCUGGUGAAGCCGGCUGCACCAACCAGCUCGGUUUAUUCGAGGCCAAGAGCGCCACCGAAGAUUCGGCGACCGGUACCACUUUCGGAGCAAGAUAAAUACGCGUACAAAACCACCCCCGCGCAGCCAAUAGAGGAGCCACGACGGAGACCGGCAGAUUUGGAGGAUGAUUAUUACGAAGACGAGUUAGAAGAUGUCAGACCAAGCAGGAGGCCGCUCAGAAGAAGACCCUCGUACAGGGACAGAGACAGGGAAAGAGAUUUCUAUGAAACUCGGGACCGGGAUCGUCCCCUCAGAACUCGUUAUCAUACAUCGCCAGAAGAAGUAAGACCCAGGACGCAUCAGGAUCGCUCGAGGGAUCGUUACCACGAUCGAGACAGGGACCGAAAUAGGGAUCGGGCUCUCGAUCGUGGAAAAGAUCGCGGUUCCGAGAGAUCCUCGGAUCGCGAUUCGCGAGGAAGAUCGCAAGAUUCCGACAGACAAGAGCGACCGUACUCGCCUCGGCUUCUCGAUCGCGAGCAAGACAGCGAACGAUCGCGAUCCUCUUCGAGAUCGAAGGAUCUAUCGGACACCACUGAAGUAUCCAGAAGACCCAAUUCGUACGAUCGAACAACCGAGAAAACCACGACUACCACUACCACAACAACUACGACGACUUGUUUACCAGAACAACUUAUUCGUAAACCUGAGGAGGACUCUAAAGAGACGGUGACCGAUCGAACGGAAAAGCUAUCUUAUCCGGAACGACCAGCCAGACCUAUUCAGACUCAAAGUGGCCGUGUGGUGGACGAUACUCAGGUGGGCGAUAUUCAGGAUUAUCACAGAAACUUGCCCGAGAAAUCUCUGAGAACGUCUCAGCAGGUAGAUUACCAAGAUAGAGACCUGGAAAGUAGAAACGAGCAGAAUCAACAUCAGGUCGCGUACCCGGAUGAGUACUCUUCCGAGUAUUACGACGAGCCACUAGAGGAACCACCGUCUCCUCCUCCACCUCGAACCACCGUUCGAAUCGUGAAGAGGCCUUUCCUACCGUCUCGAGGCGGUAAUCCCAAUCCGCGGGGAUUAUCACCGGUCGGCUCUAAAGCAUCGCAAUCGCCCAGAAGAGACGAAGAAACAACAACUGACCACCGAAGCACUUUAAGCGAAAACGAAUACAGAGGUUACUACGUACAAGAGGAACAAGGUGACGGUAAAAGCGUUAAUCAUCAGGAGCCAUCUCUGAGAACGGAUGAUAAGCAAACUUAUGAUGCUUACAAAAUCGUUCAGAGCGAUCUUCAGAAGAAACAACGGCAAGACGAGUACGAUAGCGCGAUAUCCAGACCAGCUACGCUACGAAAACCGAUAGAGAAGAACAACGAGGAGGAAGUCUCGAGAGGCCCGGAAGAUCUGUCGAACUCCUCCAGAGGAUACUCCACUCAGAAUCAAUCGUACGAUUUGCGCAACCAUCAAAACGAGAAUCUAGCGCCUAAAUGGAUAGAGAAUUACUCGAGCGAGAAGCACGCGAAUGUCGGCAAUGUGCCGACAUCCUCGGGUUCCCCGAUCCGCAGCAAGGUGAGACUUCCCUCCGCCGAAACCACGCCGAACAUCUACAGCUCGACGUACAGGAACGAAGACAUUCAGGAUGUACCGUCCGGACCGGGCAGCUACAGAGCGAAGCAAAGGAUCAACGAAGUAACGCAUCGCCUUCAGGAUAUCUCCGAGAGCGAAUACGACGUUACCCUAAAUGACGCCCUGACGCCGACCUUGCUUCAGGAAGCCAAUUUGCCGAGCGGAUUCGUCCUGCCUCUUCACAGACAGUUGGGUAGAGAUACCGUGCUACAGCCUUCCGAGAACAACUACAAGCUCACCAGGCCGAUUAAUCAGCAGCAGCAACAGCAGCAACAGCAACAGCAACAGCAACAGCAACAACAACAACAACAACAACAACAGCUGCUGCAGCAGCAGCAGCAGCAUCAGCAUCAACAACAUCAACAUCAAAAAUCGUUCGUUCCGAGUCCUCAGUUCCUGCCAACGAGCACUAACAAUAACGAUCGGAGCCGAACGGUGUAUUAUAGGACGCCGGAGGCAAUACAGGUCAGCGGAGCGCAAUACAGACAGAGACCAUGGCAAGAUUACACGGCGUACUAACGAGAUAUACAUCGUGAUAUACCAAUUACGAGUGUUACGAGGAAGCGUUUGAAGUUUCACGAGGCGCACAUCUUGCCUCACGAGCGCUAAACGACUAAUUUAUACUGCCACCGAUCGAUUUAGGAAAGGCACUUUCAUGGAAGAGAAACGCUGAGUUCUUUUAUGAAACUGGCUUUCCGCGAACGGACCCAUCGCGUUCGACCCUUAGCCCUGUUGCAAUCAGAUGAUCAGUGUCUUUCAUUCCAAAGAACGCGCGACGCACCCGUCGCGCCGCUCUGAGGGUAGAAAAUAAUCUGCGGACGAUUCAGUUAUAGGUAUUAAUAGCUCGCGUGAUUUCGGGUCGAUAUAAAUUAUUGGAAAUUAAAAAGAUUGGAAAAGGGACGAGAUUAUUGUCAAUCGCGAAGUGGCGCUACGCCAUAUAAUAAUUCAACACACACAGAGAACAAUGAGAUAUUAAUCAUCAUGAUACUUAUCGAUACUCAUUAUUAUUCACGCGUAUUGCGAUGAAAAGCAAAGGCAGGAUUAAUGUUCAACGAUAACACCGAUCAUAGAUAAUUCGUUCUGAGAUCUUCGCUAGAAAAAUUCUUGAAUGACUACUAGGUCCAUUUAAAAUGAUGUAUAGCACUACACAGACGUUGCAGCAUAUGUCAUGUAAUAAACUCGUUUCCUCUGAAUUAGCAACGUGAUACAAUAACAGAACUUAAAACGUGAUACAUUCUAAUAACAAUUUAAUUUGCGAUAUUAAUACAUGUUAUUCAUAUUAAUCGAAAUCGUCACGGAGGUUUCAGAAGUGCUGAAAAGAUAUCACCAUUUUUCUUAAUUAUAUACAAACUUGUAAAUAAUCGUGUAAUUCUAUAUCUUAUGCACAUACGUUCGAGUUAAAUUGCGAUUCAAAAUAUGUGGUCCUCUAUGAAGAAAAAAAAAAACUAUAUAUAAGUUCUAUCGUCGAAUUCGAUAGCUAUUACUAGCGGAUAAGUCUUCCUGAGCGUAUAUCUUGUCUUAAAGCUAUGUCGAUAUUUACGUAUGAUAUAAAAGAGUGAGGAAAUAUACUUACUUGUUAUUCAUUGCCCCUCUUUACACUUUGAUGGCUGUAAUAUACAAAUAUACCAGUAACAUAACAGUAAUUCUAAAACGUUCAUUUGCAGAAUUUUUGAAGACCUUUAUUUUUAUUUGUACUUUAUAGUACAAAAUGACACGAAUUACACAACGAAAUAUCUGCCAUUAUGAGAAAUUCAUAAACAUUACAAGAUCGAAAAAUAAUCGUAAAGACAACCAAAUAACUUCGUACUAAAGUAUAAAGCGACAAUUUUUUUCAAAUAACCUUAAAUAAUGCUGCUACUUACACUGCCUGUUAAUGUGCAAAAUGUAUAGGGUGUUUUUGAAAAAAUUGUAAUUUACUUGUUAUUAAAAUAAUUAUUGCAAAUUCAGUUUAAAUUAAUUUUAUUAAAUUUAAAUUAAUUGCAAAAGUAAAUUUUUUUUAAAAUUUAUUAUUAAUAUCUUAAAAAGCCUGUAACUCGAAUAACAGCUUUUUCGAAUAUACGUCGAUGCCAACUUUUUUAUUUUUGAAUAUCAAAGAAAUAAACAAUUUGGUCAAACUUUUCAGAAACAUCCUAUAUAAAAAACUAGAAAUGUAUCGAACAUUGGUAUCUGUAAUAUUAUGUAAUAUUUACAUUCAAAAUACUUCAUAAUUAGAUCAUUCAUUGUGCCGAGAAAAUGUAAUCGAUCAACCAUAAAAAGAUUCAGUCAUAUACAUAAAAUACAUCACAGAAACAUGAUUGAAAACUUAACGGAGCCACGCAUACACAAAUUGCAAUCGUUGUAAAUAUCUAUAGUUUUCCGAUAGAAAAAAA